GAUGAUUUUAUAAACAAGGUUGAUAGUGAACAGACAUCGAUUAAAAAUGCGUUGGCGGAUACUGUUGCUUCCUUGAAAUCAGAGAUUGCUUCUUGCCUUAAGGAAAUGAAGAGUGAAAUUGUGGAUUGCAAUAAGCUAAUAAACAAUGUCGAGAUAUCAACUUCCAACAAAAUUACAGCGUUAGAGGAGGAAAAUAAUUGUCUGCAUAGAAGACUUAACCGUACUAACAUUAUAGUUACUGGUUUGCCUGCCGGUAUAGAUGAUCUGAUGCCUGUUAUUAUGAAAUUAGGAACAAUAUUUGAUGUUCCAAUUUGCACAUAUGACUUACAAUAUAUUUGCUAUAUGAAUAACAGGAAGUCUAUUUUGGUUCGUGAUUUUGUGGAUGGAGAUGUUGAUUUAAGAGUCUAUUUGAAUGACCACUACUCUCCUGCUGCUAGCAGACUUAAUAUGAUUUGCAAAAAGCUGCUUCGUAAAGACCUAAUUAAAAAGUUCCGAAUAAUGAAUAGUGACAGAUUGAGAGUUAAAUUAACAUUACCGGAUGAUUCUGAGGUGGUCUAUAGUCCUUCUCAAUGUGCUGAUUUGCUGGAUGAUGGCCAUAUCUUGUUUUUUUAUAAUGAUGCCUUAUAACCUAACAGCUGGUCCUCAACUCAGUGUAAAUUCUUACUUUAAAACUGCUUUGCAACAUCAUUUAGGUAAUUUUAAUGCUGCCCAUUUGAAUUGUCAGAGUAUUAAGCCUUCUGCAAAUUGUUCCAAGUUUGAUGAGUUAAAUGCUCUAUUGACUGAUGGUUUUUUUGAUGUUUUUGCUGUUACUGAAACGUGGUUAAAACCAUACAUAACAUGUCGUGCGGUUGAAAUUCCUGGAUUCAAUAUUUGUAGAAAUGAUAGAUUGAAUUCUAGAGGUGGUGGAGUUGCGCUAUAUAUUUCCAGUGGAAUUAAGUAUAGAAAAGUGUUUAAAACUUCAGAACUUGGAAUAUGUGAGUCGUUAUUUGUUGAAUUGUACCUUAACAAUACAGUAUUUCUAUUUGGAGUUGUUUACUUACCACAUGGUGAUAUCUGUUCUUUUGAAUAUUUUCAUCAUGACCUUUUUUUGAGUUAUAAUAAUAUCAUUAUUGUGGGGGAUUAUAACUGCAAUUUGUUUGAUACUGUGAAAUCUAAUUAUAUGAGAUCUUUGUGCUUUAGACUUAAUUUGGCUAUUGUUCAUAAUUCAAAACCAACACACUAUGAUAUUGCUCAUGGAUCAACAUCACUUAUUGACUAUUGGUUGGUUAGUGAUUUUUCUAUGGUAUGUCUCUCAGACCAAAUUCGUUGUCCAUCUAUAUCGCACCAUGAAUUUCUGUUUGUGUCUUUUGUGAUGAAAAUUGAGAAAUCUAAGGAAUAUGUAGAAUUCCAUGAUUUUAAAUCAAUAGAAUGGGAUAAUUUACUUGGUCUCCUAUCUAACUUUGACUGUUCUCAUUUUUACAGUGGUGAUGUUGAUGA